AAUAUAAUUAUAAUUAUAGGUUAGUAAUUAUUUUUAAAAAAAAUAUUUUUUUUCAUAAUUAGAUGGCAAGUGCAAAUGAAUAUGUAGCAAAUAUAUAUUUUUUGGAUGCAUUGAAUUUAUUUAUUGAAACACAAUGGCUCUAUAAUAUUCCAGUUACUAAUUUAUUAACUGAAGGAUUACUUGAUUUAUUUCCAAAAGAAUGGUUAAAUGUUUUACAAACUUUAGAAAAUGAGGAAUUUAAUAAUUUUGUUAUAAAAAAAAUAACAAAGCCAGAAUGGUCAAAGACUUUAAAAACAUUUGUUAAAAAGUGUAGAUAUAUUGAUCGAUUACCAAAUAUAAAUAGUAUAAUACCAAUAAUAUUACCAAAAAAUUUUCAAACAGGUCUUAAUCCUAAAAAACAACAUGAAAUAAUGCAUUUAGCAUAUUUGGUACAUAUGCAAUGUGCAUCACAAAAUAUCAAAACUAUUAUCGAUCUUGGUGCAGGUUUGGGAUAUAUUUGUCAAUUAUUAUAUUAUUUGUAUGGAUAUAAAGUUCUUGGAUUAGAAAAAAAUCAAGAAAAUGUAAAUAAUGCUCGAAGUAGACAAAUAAAAAUGUAUUCUGAUUCAUUGCCAUAUGUUAAAUAUAAUUGUUGUGAUUUAACAUAUAAUUCUGUUGAAAUAAUAGAAACUAUUUUAAAUAAUGAAUUUCAAGAAAAAUCAGAUGUUUGUUUAAUUGGUCUACAUGCUUGUGGAGAUCUUAGUAUACAUGCAUCAAAAAUAUUUCGAGAUAUGAAAAUAGCACGUAUUUUUAUUUUAAUUCCUUGUUGUUAUCAUAAGCUUUCAAUAUCAAAAAAUAUAAGAAUAAAUCAAAUCGAAUCGUCAAACAUAACAUAUGAAAAGCAAUACUUUAACAAUUUUCUAUCUAAUCGUUUUAAAACCAUUAUUAGUAAUACCAAUUUUGAUAUUGGUACCUUUUUGAGACAACCUUUUUUACGACUAGCAUGUCAAGAACCAGUAGAUAGAUGGUAUAACAUGUCUACUGAAACACACAAUAAACAUUCUUUCUAUGUUCUUGCAAGAGCUGUUCUUCAAUUGUAUGCAACUAAAAAUGGAUUUUCUCUUAAGAAAUGUACUCAAAAAGGAACAAGAAAAUCACAAUGCUUAAAUUUUGAAACAUAUAUUAAAGAUGCAUUGACUAGGUAUAUUUUACAACCACAAAAAAAAACAUUCAAAAAACAAGAUAUAGAAUUCAAUCUUGAUACACAUAAAAAAAAUUUAAUAGAAUUAUGGAAAAAUCAUUGUGAUAAAUUUAAAAUUGUAGAAAUAUAUACUGGUUUACAACUAAUGUUGCAAGCACCAGCAGAAUCACUUGUUUUACAAGAUAGAUUAUGUUGGAUGGAAGAACAAGGUUUAAAAGCAAAAAUUAUUCCAGUAAUGAAUAAAUAUUUAUCCCCGCGAGCAUAUGCAAUUGUAUCUCACAAAAGAUAAUAAAUAUUUUUAUAUUUAA